AUUUUCCCUCACAGACUGUGAGAACGCGUAGAAAGCGGUUCAUCCUUUCCAAGUGCACGCGCGUCGGUUCGGUUCCAUAACCUGACUGAUUCGGCCGCGUAACGCAGCGUCCCCGUCUGUGUUUCAGUAAAAUUAUCGACUUGCAUUCGGUCUGUGGCAAUGGGACCAACAAAUUCCAUCGCACUGUAAAACAAAAACUGACGGUGGAAGUAAAUAAAUAGUAGAGAAGACGCAUCACAAAGAAGUGGACAUGGAGACGCGCAAAGGAAAUACGAUAUAACAGACUGGCCAAGGCGCAUCUAGGAUUUACUUCUCGAUUUGAACGAAUUGUGUUUUAAAGGGGUUGUAGCUUUUCUUCAGGUACAUUUAUUACGGUUGCAAGCAAGAAUGAACCGAAAGCAGAUGAGGUUCUUGUCCAGAUGCUGGAGCGCGCCGAUGCUCUCGGUCCUUUUGGCUGUCUUCUUGGCGCCGCUAUUUGCACAUGGUAACUUUUUGUUGGGAAAUGAAACCGAAGUGGAUAUUGCUGUUAACGUGACCUCCUUGCCAACUGAAGCUCCAGAAGAGAAGAUAAUUGAGGUAUCACCGUCCAUCAGAGCCACGGUCCUACCUCUUCCCACCGAACAAAAGCACAAAGAAGAAGAAGCCAGUGGUAUGAUAGAGGAGGUCUUUUUACCGAGUACCGUUAUCAUUGAGGUUCCCACGACCACCUUUGCAGCCCCAGCGAUCGUCCCCGACUCUGCUGAGAACGACCAAUUGUUAAUCCCUUCAAUUAUGGAUAAAGACGAACCGGAGGAGGAAGUUGACGACGAACUCCGACCCUUGACUACGCAGCCACCCUGGCAGGACCCUAAAGUAGAUGAGGAGACCACCGUGUUUGACCUUGAUCAUACAGAUUUUAAAUUUCCUACAGUCCCCCCCACUACUUCACCUCCUCCUUCCCCUUCUGAAGUCACUGUAGGUUUCUUUGACCAUGAUUCCCGCCGCAGGAACCUGGACCCAACAGCUGUGACACUUCCUGAGCUUCAGGGACGUGAAGCCACCUCCUGGGCCAUGGCAGAUAAUUACGACUACAACACGUCCCCCGCUUCAGAAGAUUAUCCCUACACUAGCACUACUGAAACUUACGAAGAUUACUUUCCCACCACGACCCCACCCAAGCCUCUCCCUCCACAAUUUUCCAACCCAGAUAAAACGCUGGUCAAAGUUGCCACUGUGGAAGAGAACCCACGUGUUCCCUCUAGCGCUUCUGAGUCCAGUAAUGGCUGUCGGCAGGGUUUCAUCCGGAUCAACGACACCUGCAGGUCUCCAUGUGACCUGAAGGCCAACUACUGCUUCAAUGGUGGCCAGUGUUACAGCCUGGAUGGAGCUCAGGUGUUGUGCAGGUGCAACAUCCAGGACUACAUGUGGCACAAGGGUUCACGCUGCGAGUCGGUCAUCACAGAGUUUCAGGUGAUGUGCCUCGCCAUCGGCUCUUCCACCCUCAUGGUGCUCCUGCUCUUCAUGACCAUCGUUUGCUUCGCCAAGAAGCUGCACGUGCUCAAGACCGAAAACAAUAAGUUGCGCAAGCGCAGCAGUAAAUACCGUCCUUCCUCGGAGCACCACAAUGAUAAUUUCUCGUUGUCCACCAUCGCUGAGGGCUCCCAUCCAAAUGUAAGGAAACUUUGUGACACCCCUCCUAACCUUCCUCAUGCCCGUGCUUUGGCUUACUAUGAUAACAUUAUCUGUCAGAAAACCAUGAGCAGAUACACCUGGGAGUGUAAGACCAAAGAGGAGCCCGACUGUGAGGAUGAUCCUAAUGCCCAGAACAAGCUGGAGGACCCCGUGAAGGCCCCCCCACCCAAAGAGGACGAGUCGCUGAACAUCCAGAACUCGCUCACCCCCAAGCACGAGAACCACAAGGUGCUGGGCGAGGAAAAUUCUUCGGAGGUAAACUCGCUGCAGAACAACAUGAUGUAGAAGAGAAAAACAAAAAAACCACCAUCACGUAAAGCAUCAAACGACUGGUGCUAUGAGCAGUCACACCCACCACACCGUCAUCACAUGAGAGAAAACCCCGCCCCUUAUACCCACUCAGUCUCCGCCCUGCCCCGGCCCUUGUCGCAGUAUUUUUGCCCUGUAGUUGACCCGCCCCUGACCCAACCCUUAUAUAUAUUGUAUACACACACCUUCCCCUGCCUAACUAAAUUAUGGCAUGCGUUGGUGUAUAUUGUAAAAAAGAAAAAAAACAUAUUCGGGGUUUUAAAUAUAAAAUGUAAAACAUUGUCAUUAAAGAAAAGCUACUGAAAGGUUUUGAUGUUUGUCUGACUAAUUAAGUGAGUAUGUAUAAAUAUAUGAAAAAAAUGCUUGGAUUGAUAUAAAGAAAAACACAGUGUGUCUUUGUUUUGAUGUGAUUUCUAAUCCUUUGAUGUACUUGUUUUAUUUUGUACUUUUUUGCGAAUAUAAACUACAGAAAAAAAUUCUGACAGUUGUUGAAAUAAACCUUUUUAACACUUAAA